AUGUUUGAUCAGCUAGAACCGUUUAUUAUCGACAAUGGAUCCGGCACGAUAAAGGCCGGAUACGCGAACUCAGAAAAUCAGUCAGGACCUCCCAUAGAAUUCCCCUCAAUUAUCGCCCGUCCAAGGCAUAAGGGCCUUGGUCAAAUCGGAGCCAAGCAAGCUGCUAUUUUCGUUGGUAAUGAAGCUGAUAAGAAGCGAGGUCUUUGCAAAGUGUCCUAUCCAAUUGAACAAGGUUAUAUAAAAAGCGUGGACGAUACGUAUCUGAUGUGGCUAGAAGCGCUCAGAGGCGUUCCAAACGGACUGAAUCAGAUAAAAGACAGAGGACUGGUACUGACGGAGCCGCCGCUCAAUUCGAAUAAAAAUAGAGAGACCAUGGUCGAAGUUGCGCUUGAAAAACUCGUCGCCAAAGCUGUUUCACUCCAAGUUCAAGGUGUAUUGUCGCUAUAUUCAUACGGACAAGUAACCGGCACAAUCGUGGAAAUCGGCGACGGAGUGACACACACGAUCCCCAUUUUCGACGGGUUCUGCAUGCCACACGCUGUCAAUCGAGUCGACAACGCCGGCCGCGAUCUCACAACUUAUCUUCAAAAGCUGCUCAUGGAGGAAGGAGUCAAUUUAUCGUCAUCUGCCGAGUUUCAAAUCGUACGAGAUCUCAAAGAAAAAUACUGCUUCGUCGCAAGUAAAGCUGGAGCUUCGGAAAGCAAGCCGCAGAAACAUGUUCUUCCAGACGGAACUACGAUAACGAUCAACGAGCAACAAACUCGCGUUCCUGAAGUCCUUUUCAAUCCCGAGCUUGUCGGAAAAGAUCAACCAGGCGUCCACUCCAUGGUAGCGGACACAGUCGCCAAGGUAGACGUUGAUCUGCGCACCGAUUUGUACAAGAACAUUUUCCUCUCCGGCGGUAGCUCCAUGUUCAAAGGAAUCGACAAGAGACUGCAAAACGAGGUGCAGAAGAUAAUUCCUUCCGAAGCAAAAGCUGGCGUCAUCGCGAAAAAACACAGAUCCUGCGCAGCGUUUAUCGGAGCAACGAUGGUCUGCUCCCUGCCAAGCUAUGACCACUCAAAUUACAUCACAAAGCAGGAGCUUCAGGAAGCUGGGCCGUCCAUCAUCGCGCGCAAAUGCUUUUAA